GAAAUAACGGGCUUUUUUAUUUCUGAGUUCGGCUCUGGAUAAUUCAGAGGAGGGAGCUUUCAAACCAGCCGAGGAGAGGACGGAGGUAAAUGACACGGAGCGGGACAGAGAUAACGGCGGGGGGCUUUCCCCUCUCUCCUCCUCCGGGCCCCCCUGUCCCGAAAACACGGCGGCUGGUGCUGAAGCAGCGACUGUGAGGAUGACGGUAAACCGACAGCGGAUCCAUAACAGAGGGAGAGUUGUCCCGGCGGUCCGCACCGGGAUAGGACUGAAGAAGAUAAGAAACCCAGAGCGAAUGGUCAGGAUUGCUGUUGGUUACACAGGACACACCCCUCCUAAGAGUGACGAAUCAGACGCCAACAAUGAGCCAGGCCAGUUAAAGAUCUACCUUCCCAAGAAGCUUCUCGAGUGUCUACCCAAAUGUUCCUCUCUGCCCAAGGAGCGCCAUCGCUGGAACACCAACGAGGAGAUUGCUGCAUAUCUCAUCACUUUUGAGAAACACGAUGAGUGGCUGACGACAUCGCCAAAAACCAGGCCUCAGAAUGGCUCUAUGAUCCUCUACAACCGUAAAAAGGUGAAGUACAGGAAAGAUGGCUACUGCUGGAAGAAGAGGAAAGACGGGAAGACCACCCGAGAGGAUCAUAUGAAGCUUAAAGUCCAGGGGGUAGAGUGUCUGUAUGGCUGCUACGUCCACUCCUCCAUCAUCCCCACCUUCCAUCGUAGAUGCUAUUGGCUGCUGCAGAACCCAGACAUCGUGCUGGUGCACUACCUGAAUGUGCCGGCAGUGGAUGACAGCGGGAAGCCGUGCGGUCCGGUCCUCUGCUCCAUCAACACGGACAGGAAAGAGUGGGCCAAGUGGAGCAAAGAGGAGCUCAUUGGACAGCUCAAACCUAUGUGUGCCGGAAGCAGCCUGCAUCAGAAAUGUUCCAGUGUGAAGCAGCGUAUCAUCUCAUCCAAACAGGAGUCCGGAGCAGGAGGAGGGACAGCAGUAGGAACCAGUGUAGCAGCAGGCCAGAGAGCUGAGGAAGCAGAUGGCACGGAGGUCCAGAACAGUGAUGUAUCGGAGGGCCAGACUGAGCCCAAUCCUGGCGGGGGGAGGAGUCGGGCAGGUGGAGGCGAGAGGAGGAAUGGCAGGAUAGCCAAACCUUCCCUUCUCCCACAGAGCAGCAUGGAGGUGUCUUCUUCCACCUCAACCAACCAGGUGGAGGUACCCGACACCACCCAGAGCUCCCCUCUGUCUAUUGCCAGCGACAUGGCUGACAGCCCAGCUCUUGCCAUUGGCACCGGCUUGUCACAAAGCACUGCUGUGUUCAUGUCAGAGGUCACCACUCUAACUGGCGAAUCGGUAUACUCGGCCGGCCACACCCAUCUGUUGGCUUCGACCCACGAGAGUACCGCCACGGGUAUCCUGUUGGCUGUCGCCUCUGACAACCAGAGGUUUGCAUCGUUCAGUGGAGGGGUGGGAUUAGGUGAAGGAGGAGAGUUGGUUCUGUCCAGCUCUUUAGACUCUGGAGUUGGAGUCAGCCUUCCUGAGACCACCAUGACCUUUGACCCCGACUGCUUCCUCAACAAUCCCAAGCAGGGCCAGACGUACGGGGGAGGUGGAGGGAAGACAGAGGGAUGCAAUGGUGAUGAUGGGGGACUCCACUGCUCCACAAACGGCUUUGUUUACAACCCGGCACUCGUCAACAACAUCAAGACGGAGGCUACGCCACUGGAGCAGCCGCUGGCGACCCAGAGCAGCUACGUGGGCGAAGGAACUGGCCUUAGCCCCAGCACCACCCUGGAACAGAUGGACUUCAGUGCUGUCAUGUCAUCAGCCUGUGUCUCAAGUCUGAACCAACCUUCACACCACCCCUCCCCGGGCCUCUUCCUCCAGACCUCCCCCCAGACAACCCAGCCCUCUCAGCUGCAGGUCAACGGCACCAAGGCAACGCAGGAAUCCAGCAAAACGCGGGCCUACAUCGGCCUCCCCCCGAUGGUCACUGACUCUCCUGUCACUAACGGAGAAGCGCAUACACACCUCCACCAAGUGAGCACAGACCAGCAGGCGCUGUGUGCGAGGAAUGGGCAAGCAGCAGCAGUCGGGUCGUUUCCCCUGACAACACAAGACGUUGAGCAACCAGACAGCAGGAGCCACCAGGAGGUCGCAGCCUUAGAGAAACCGACAGAAAAUGGAGAAGAUUUACUCCUCAAGGCCGGAGAUCCUCAUGAGGCCUAUGCGAGUGUUGACGCCAAGCAUUUUCUCCAGCCCACAGAUGACACCGGAGGGGGGGACGAGGGUGGAGGUGGCGGAGGAGGAACGGAAAAUGAAAUUAUAUGUAAUGGCGUGAGCAUUUCAGGUGCUAGUAGUUCAGUGGUGGCCAGUCCUCAGUCGAUAGGUGUAGGUGCAAACAUCGAAGGUGCUCUCUACAGCUCUCCGCUACCUCAGCAAGGUGCAGGGGUACCGGCAACGACAGCAGGGGCCGGGGCGGCUAUCAGUCUGGAAGGGUUUGAAGCGUCAUUUGGAAGCCAAUUCUCCGAUCUUAUCAAUGAUUUCAUCUCCGUGGAGGGGUCUGGGGGAGGGGUGGCGGCAGCAGUCUCUGGGGUCCUGAUGCCCCAGGAGGGCGCAGUAGGAGAGGAACACAGCACAGCGGCCGGUCACCUGCAGGCAUCCGAGGUGGAGCAGGGGGCACUGGGACUGCUCCAGGAGACUGGCAGGCUGUUCGGCGUGACGGACUACUCCCCAGAGUGGUCUUAUCCAGAGGGGGGAGUAAAGGUGUUGAUUACUGGUCCAUGGUUGGAGUCCAGCAGUGAAUACAGCUGCCUCUUCGACCACAUCAGUGUCCCAGCUGCCCUCAUCCAGCCCGGGGUGCUGCGCUGCUACUGCCCAGCUCAUGACACAGGACUGGUGAUGCUGCAGGUGGCCAUGGGUGGUGAGGUCAUCUCUUCUUCUGUGGUGUUUGAAUAUAAGGCACGUGAUCUACCAGCACUGCCAUCUUCUCAGCACGACUGGCUGUCCCUGGAUGACACCCAAUUCAGGAUGUCCAUUCUGGAGCGUUUGGAGCAAAUGGAGCAAAGGAUGGCUGAAAUAACCAAUCAGAACCCUGGCUCAGAAGCCAUGGCAACCAAGGGUGGAGGAGUGGAGGGGGGAGGAGCCAAUGAUCAGCGGUCUCAAAGCCCCCCUGAUCAGAGCACAUUUGAGGGUCGUGUGGUGGUGGUGUGUGAGAAGAUGAUGUCCCAGCCCUGUUGGACUUCUUCAAACCAGCUCGUCCACAGUAAGAACUCCAGAGGAAUGACAUUGCUGCAUCUGGCCGCAGCUCAGGGAUACGCGGGGCUCAUCCAGACACUCAUCCGCUGGCGCACAAAGCAUGCCGACAGCAUUGACCUGGAACUGGAAGUGGAUCCUCUUAACGUCGACCACUUCUCCUGCACGCCACUUAUGUGGGCGUGUGCUUUGGGCCACACUGAGGCAGCACUGGUUCUGUACCAGUGGGACCCAAGAGCUCUUGCCAUUCCUGACUCUCUGGGUCGCCUGCCGCUGAAUAUCGCCCGAUCCCGUGGUCACACUCGAUUGGCCGAGCUCUUGGAGCAGCUGCAGCAGAGUCCUCAAACUAAGGGACAGCCUGCGGACAGUUGGAUGGAGAAGUGGAAAGGAGGAUCACAGAACAGAGGAAUCAACAGCAGCUCCAGCACCAACCCAACCCCAGAGGUGAGAAGAAGCAGAACAGAGAGCCAACCAUUAAACCAGAGCUGGAGCCAAACUGGUCAAACACCCCAACCUGGAGCCAACGUGGAACAAGGAGGUCCACCCCCUGCCAAGCGUCUCAAAUCUAACCCCGCGAGCCAACAGCAGCUCACCAACUCAGCCCCCGGCGCCAACACCAUCAGCUCCCUCCUUGACUCUUCCCUGAGGCCUAAUUCUCUCCAAUCCGUCUUACCCAAGUUCCAAAAAACUGAGCUCACCUACCAGAGAGCACCUCUUUCCAGCUCCACCCCGGACCGGCCCCAGUUCCCCAGUGCCCCGUUCUCUCACCUGCAGGCCAGGAUAAGGAGGUCUGAGGGGGGCAACAUGUGGAGCCUGAGACGGUCUCUUGGACAAAACAGUCUGGUCCGGAGAAUUCAAGGAAAAGAACGGUUGGCCAUUCAUCUGCGGCAGAGAGUGCUGUCCGACAGGGGAGAGGAGACUGAGCUGCUGACCUACCAGGAUAACUCAGAUGACUUGCAGGUGGACAUCACGAUGCUUGCUGAUCACAUCAUGGAUGCUUCAGCAGGAAGGCUUAAGCAGACUACAGUCACUGAAACAGAUUCUGCAAAGGUUGGCAUCAGUAGUGACAUAAAGUCACUGUCUGGUUACCUUGAUGAGGUGGAAAGGUUUCUAAAAUCUAAGCCCCAGGCUACAAGCCCCAAACCAAAUUCACUCUCAGGGCUGGAGGAGCAGCCGACUCCUCAUGCAAACCAAGCGCCCUCGUCUCCCUUUGACUGGAGCUCCUUCCUCUGUGCAGCUAUGCAGGAGGAGAAGUUGAAAGCAAACUCCUCCUUUCUAGCCAUGACUGAGUCAGAGCAGCAAGAGCUGUACGAAACCAUCAGGCGUGCUCUGCACUCCCUCAGAAAACACAAGGGUCCCAUUCAGGAACAACACAAAGAGAUUGCAGCAGUGAUUCAACGCUGCUACAAGAGAUACAAGCAGUAUGCACUUUAUAAGAGGAUGACUUUGGCAGCCAUCCUGAUCCAGAGUCGUUUCCGGAGUUUCCAUGAGCAGAGGAAGUUCCAGCAGAGUCGUAGAGCAGCAGUCCUCAUCCAGCAAUACUACCGCUCCUAUAAGCACUCCCUCAGCAGCAUCCUAACUAAAAAACAGAACCAGGCUGCUCGCAAGAUCCUGAGGUUCCUGCUCCGCUGCCGCCACAGCCCCUUGAUGGACCACAGGCCUCUGAAACAGGGCCAGAGAGCAGAGAAAGGCCAGGGGUCCUGAGAAUGCAUCACCAGGCCCUGCACACAGCCCCAUCAGCCUGUGAUCAAUCUACCCUCCUCCCCUCUUUUCCCCCAAUCCAUCUCUCCUGUCCCAACCCCACUCCUCUCCUUUUCCAUCGCCCAGCCUCUCCUUGUCCCCUCUUUUCUCCUCCUUGCUCUCAACCUCCCUGGCCUCAUUUCUCAAGAGGAAAAAAAAAACUCUUCCCAGACAGACUGAGGACAGGAUAGGUGUCCAUCAUGGCAGCUCAGACAGACAUACUGCUGGGCAGAGUCCCAGAACCAGGCUCUGCUCACAGCACUGAUCCUCCUCCAGUUUAACUGGGAGGCCAUCACAUUAACCUCAUGGCAUUCUUUGCACUCCUCAUGGGUAUGUUUUUUUGCAAGAGCAAGUUGUCGAGCGGGACAAGCAGUUAAAAGGAAAAAAAAAAAAAAAAAAAGAGGAAGUGCCUGACAACAUCUUGCUGUUUAAGACAAGCGGCUGGAUGUGCUGAAGAGGCUCCGACGGGAAACAGCUGGCUAGCGAAAGAGGCAACUUUGACAUGCAGAAAACACAAAACCCGCUGUGUUUUUUUGUAUCCAAACAGAUCUGUGAAAGAAUAAGAAACCAUAAACCAAAAAAACUCACUUCUGUGUUGCAUUUGCAUGCAAGGUUUCCCCCUCCCCCGCUUAUUCCUCCUCUAUAUCAUCCUACAAGGCUACAGUGGCAAAUCAUUCUGCUGAUUCAGUAUCUCACAGUAUCACCCAACCACUCUGACUCACCGGCUUACAAAGCUAUUAGUCACCUAAUCAAAAAAAAAAAAAAGGGGGGGAGGAACUGCACUUGAAUGUACAAGGAGCAUUGUUAGAGAAAAGGGAAGCGGCCUGAAUAACGAUGUCUUAAUUUGCUACAUGGACUUUGUAUGGAGUUGUUCUCAGCGGCAGCACUUUUGCUCGCCCGACGUGGUGUGUCCAUGUUCGUUCAAUUCAAUGCAUGUGUUUGAGCUAUGAGCUCCUGCAUGCUUGCCAAACUGCUUUAGUGUUGUUUCUUUUUGUAUUUCUAUGUGUAACUGUGUCUCAUGUCUUCAUCGACUUAUCCUUGCCCUGUGUAAUGUGAACUGUGUAAGGACAAACGACUUCUUUUUUGGGUGCUUUAUUUAUUAUGUAUUUAUUUUAAGGGUCUAAUUAUUUCUUUAACUGGCUCAAGAGUGGCUUAACUCGAGACUGGUCCCCCAACUCAAAAACCCCUCCCCUCCCGGUGUGAUAAAAUAUGACAUGUUCCAAUGGUUAAAUGUCUCUGUUAGUUUGUUCUGCGUGAACCUCCAAAUCCUGACUGUGGUUUUGAGGACAGAGUCACAUAACAUUGCCUUGACUUCUUCUUGACUCCAAGAGGUCUCUAUGCUUGCUCUGUAAAGGACAUGGGUCCUAUACUUGCCCCUAUAUAGGGCAUCGCUCCCUGUAUUAGCCCUAUAUGGGCGAUCAAAUCCAUAUUUUGGACUAUUGCAUAUUUCUGUAUAUAAACUGACGAGGUAAGGGGAUACAAGGACCCUGAAACUUUUUCAUAAGAAGACUGUAUUUAAGAUUAUAAAUUAUUUUACUUCCCGUAACGAGAACUUUAGACAGAGAUCUGGGUACACAGGACGGCAUAUUGCUUGUAAAUAAUGUAGAUAAUACAGACAAAGUAAUGUGCAUGAGAUUUAAGACAAAAGAAACAGCUAAAAGAACAUGUUAGUGGCUAUGGACUGUGAGAGGAUUUUAACUGCUUCACUUUAAGAGUAUCCAGUAUAAGUGUUAUUGAAAAAGAACAUUUUCUUAAAAGCAUGCAAACGAAAAAUCUAACAUUAGAACUAUAAGUGGGAAAACAAAGUAAACUGAAACCAUGAUCUUUCAGACGAAAAAAAAAUAAAUAAAUAAACAUUUACACUUUGUGCUUUUGUUUCUUGGCUAGCAAAAAUUAAACCCGUUUUGCCAGUAGUGCCAAUCAUUAUGAAUGCUAUUUUUGCCUAACAAACACAGUAUGUUAUGCUGGGGAAACCAGAACUCUAAAGUUAUCAGCAAGAUCCACAGAGGCAGCACAUGCUGACAGUAAACAAUAGUAACCUAGUUCUAGCUCAGAUGUAGACCUACAAGUCCUGAAGUUUAUCUGAAAAAGGUAGAUUUAUGCAUAAAGUGAUGAUGGGGACGAUGCAAGUAUAAAAGAUGAUGCUAAAGUUGCCGAUGAUGUUAAAAUGUGAAUGCUAUGACUGGUGAAUAAUGAAGAGAAGAGGGUGCCACAGUGGGUGUAAAAAGUCUGCACACAUUAAAAUGCCAGGAUCCUGUGAUACAAAAAGAUGUUCAUCUCUUACCAUCUUUAAUGUGAAACAUAGGCUUAUAUAUAGGCGUUGGUGUAUAAACUUUUACGUGAAACUGCUUAUUUGCUUAAUUUAAUUUGAACUGUAUAGUAUAGGAAAAUAUGGGGGGAGCUUGGUGACCUUUUGUCUGGGGAUGGGGCUUUAUAAAUUCAGUUUAUUUACUCUUUUUUUCUGUGAACCUUACCACUCAGUUAAAAACAAACUGAAAUCUUUUAAAUAAUAAUAAUAACGUGGUUGCAAAAGUGUGGACAACCCUGAACUAAAGCUUUCCUGAAACAUGUUCUGAUUUUAUUACAGCUUGAGUUAGAGUCUAUCAGCAGGACACAUGUUGACUUGGUAAUAUUUGUUCACUCUUACUUGAAAAUUAUCCAAAUUUGCCAUAUUACGAGAGCCUCUGCUGUACACAGCCCUCCUCAGAUGAUACGUCUGAGCACCGGCUGUUCAUCUUCAGCUUUCUAGCAGAAACCUGAAGGUUUAGUGCUUGCUGUUCAGAAUUCUCCUCAUUUGAUUAAACCCCUGCAGUUCCACCAAAAUAAAAACAACAAAAAGUCCAACCUUUUUUCUGUCAAAGCGUAAUGCAUUUCCAAACAUGCUUUUGGAAGACUUUGAUGGUUGCUUUACAGAUUUUUGGUUGGCUCAAUCUCGUUGUAAGAAAAGGCAUUUGUGUUGCCAUCCUAACAGCCCAGGCACAUGGCAGGUACAGGAGAGUGUUGGAGUUCAAACACACAAAAGAGGAGCUACGCUCUUAUACAACCACUUUAUUUCAGGGGUCUUUGUUUCGCCUAAAAGAUUUCAGUUUGUUUAGGAGGAAAAAGUUUUAUCUUUGUCACUUUUUUUUUUUUACAUUACAAAGCCAGAGGUGUGUAGACUUUUUAUAUCCAUUUAACAUCUCUUACUGUGUGGUUGUGCUCCAGCAACAUACUUGCUUUUAUUAAGACCAUCGAUCUCACCUACAGCAGAUCCAGCCAGGCCUCCAGUCAAAGCUUUCCAUCUUCAAACAGAAUGUCUCUGAACUCAUGGUUUGUUUCUUUUUUUUUUUUUUUUGCUUUCUUUCUUUUUUUUCCUCAUUGUCACUGCCAUAAUUGUACGACAUGUAGUUUAAUCUUGUGGAAAGUUUUGUUUAGAAAGUGCCUGCUCAACAACAGAAAACUAAUAUCAGGAAGUAUUGUAUAUUCUCCAAAAAUGUUCCCAGUUAUCUCUUUAUUUUCCUAAAUUGUGUGUUAAAAUUGAACUUGACAGUGUUCUGCUCUCUGUUAAAAACCCUAAUUUGUCUGGUAUGAAUGGACGCUCAUGGCCUAAUUGAUCAUAUGUGUGACUAUGUCGGGCUAACAAAUAUGACAGUAUCUCCCCUACCUUUGUGUGUACCUAUCAGAGGAGUAAAAAAAACCCAUUGAAUUCUGCUUCUGUCUAUGAGAGGCACUAUCACAUGCCAAUUCACAGUAUCACUAUUGGGAGACUCGUGUGUUUUCUGAAUCUCACUCUUAUUUUACUCCCAGAAAAUAAUUUUGCUAAACAGAACUCUAACGUGUUUAUCUGGCUAAAUUACUUUCAUAGUCAUCCUCUUUGUGGAUUUUUUUUUUUUUUUUUCUGUCACUUGGUCGCUGACUCCGAUGUGCUCACACACAGCGUGGAACUCAAACGUACACAGUCUGGCUCAUACGCAAAUAAGGCCACACUCUUUCUCUCAUGUGCUUGUGUCUUUGGGAGGCAUGAAAUCUCUCCUUUAGAUUAUACUCAGGGUUGAAGGACAGGGAGAUGGUAUGUGGAUUGCGUUAACGCAAGUGUCCCACAUGUGGAGGCUGUGUACAUUUGGUUGUAUGUGUAUGUGUGCGUGCAUGGUUUAUACUGUAACAUCUGUUCAGUCACUGUGUAGCACCUUCAGAUUUAACGUGAAUGUUUGACACACAUGCUCUUAUAACCCCCUCCAAAAAAAUCAUCACCUAAGGUGUGUCAUGGAUCAAGCUUCCAAAUUAAAAAAAACGCUCAAAAUACUCCUAGAUUUGUAGAUUUUUGUCUAAAUUUAAAUGACAUUCAAAGCAAGUAAUAAGAAACUACAAUGAUGCAAAUAUUCUUGACUUUAAUGUACUCACCAGAUCCUAUAAUGGAUCCUAUAAUUUUUAGAUUAUUCUGAAUUACAGUAUCUUGCAGUGUCUUGCAAAAGUAUUAAACCCUCGUACUUUCUCACAACAAAAACAAUACACUAAUAAAUACUGUUGCAAACAAAGCUUAGCUUGCAUUCGUAAAGCAAGCGUAGCUGAUCUUGAAGCAGGACCCAAAUCCCUUUAGCGAACUGGGAUAACGAAGCUCAAAUAGCAACACAAACGUCUUUUUUCAUGGAAAGUCGCUGUUCGGCUCAGCGGAUUGUCAUGUUACAAUCCCAGACCUUAACAUGUUAAAUUUGAGGAAAUUGAUACAUGUUUGUUGUUUUUUUUAAUCUUUUGGUAAUAAAAAUAUGAAAAGCGUGAUAUGCAUUUGAUGCAACUCGCCAUAUUCAUUCUAUGCAGAAUUUAGUGGUGCAAUUAAGGCUGCAAUAAGUGGUCUCUACCAGCUCUUCAGACCUAAAGAGACUGAAAAUUGAGCCCAUUUUCUUUGUUAAGCUCAAGCUCAGUUAGAUUUUACAUCCGGGCUUUGACUGAUCAUUCAGCCUGGAAUAUGCUCUGAUCGAAACUAUUCUGCUGCAGCUCUGACUGCAUAUUUAGGGUCAUUCCAGCAGAAAAUUCAGCUCUGAUCAAGUCUUUUACAGACUCUUGGUUUUUCUCCAGGAUUUUUCCUCUUUUUUUCCUCUUCUCGUGAAUCUGGUCAGCUUCCGUUCUAUAGAAGCCAGGUUUGUGGUGCAAAAACCUUACUGUGGUUCUGUGAACAAAUUCCCCCAGCUGAGCUCUGCAGCUCCUCCAGAGUAACGAGGAGCUGAUUGAAUCUUUCUCUGAUUAAUGCUCUUUAUGCUCAGCCAUUCAGUUCGACUGGACAGCCUUGUCUUUGUAGGUUUGUUUUAUAGCUUUCCCCUGCAUUAAGCUUCUCCACGACUUCUCCCAGACCUGUCUGCUCUGUUCCUUGGACUUCAAGAUGUUCAGUAAUUUUCUCUAUAAAACAUUUGACUCUCUUAUGUGACCUUAGAGGCAACUGGGUGCACUUUACUUAGAGGUAUCAGAGCAAAGAGAGUUGAAUGCAAAUGGCUGCCACACUUUUCAGAGGUAUAUUUUGAAACAUCUUAAAAAUCGUGUAUUCUUUUUCUUUCACUUCAUAGCCACCCGAUAAUCCCAAUGAAAUACAUUAAAGUUUGUAGUUGAAACAAGACAAAAUCAGAAGAAAAAAAAUUGCAGUGUUAUGAAUACUUUUUAAAGGCACUGUAAGUAAUACAUCUCCAUCAUCAUAACAAUCUUCAUGUUUGGCGUUUAUUUUUCAGUUUGUUUGUUUUUUAAUCUAGCUGACGGCCAUGUUGAGGACAGUUCCUCUUGAACAGACAUUAAACUGUCCUCCCUCUCUCACCACCAAAGCUAAAGAUGACUUUGUGAAACUCCCUCACAUAUGUACACACACAGGCAUCAGUUCAACAACAUGUACAAUAAACAAAAUACCAUCCCACACCACAGAAACUCCAUCAGCAGGAUCAUGUUUCGCAGAGGAUGAUGACUGUAAAGAGUAUGUAACUAAGAUAAAGUAAAGACUGACAGGUAAGAACCUUUGCUACAGUAAACAGGAGGUAGCCUCUGUUCUCAAACGUCCGCCUAGAAAUGAACCGUAUAAUCUUUCAGGCCUUGUUUCAAGAGGGCGUGGCCAAACACCACAUUGCAUGCUAGAAUGGUAGACCCUUAUAGAUAACCUAUGGCUAGACCUCUCCUUCCUCCUCUUUCCCCCUGUCUUCCCUUUUCUCUCUCAUCUCCUGCUGUACCAUCAUCCUGCCUGCUGUUGUGUUCUCAAGCCGAUCUCAACCGCUCAUUUCUCUCUUUCGUUUUGUAGCCUAGUUUUUAACCCUUCUUUUUGUUUGUUUGUUUUACAAACAUGCAUGCACAAGCAUCACUAACUUGUUGAUGUUUUCAAAAAGAAUAUUUUGUUGCUGAGGCCAUGCAAAGUGUUUUUGAAUAUUGCCCUUAUAUGUGGAAUAUGUCUUCUGAAUGCUUUACAUAAUUUCUGCUGUAAAAUGAAAUCAGAAUAAAAAGAAAAUUUGCACUUUAACCUA